AUGGCGGUUUGGGGCAUCGUAUCUGGCUUAACAGCUGCGGUGCAUAACUAUACUGGCUUGGUUCUCGUCCGGUUCUUCCUUGGAUUUGUCGAGGCCCCUUAUUUCCCUGGAGCUCUAUUUCUACUUUCGAGUUGGUAUACCAGAGAGGAAUUAGCCUUGAGAACCUCGAUCUUGUAUGCUGGAAGUCUUCUUUCGGGAGGCUUCGGUGGCCUUGUUGGAGCAGGCGUCCAAGCGGGUUUGAAUGGAUCGCGUGGAAUUGUUUCCUGGAGAUGGCUCUUCAUAAUCGAAGGAUCGGUUACCGUCUUUGUCUCCAUAUGCGCUUCGUUCAUCAUCCCAGAUUUCCCGCAUACGACUAGAUGGUUGAGCCAGGAAGAGAGAGCUAUUGCCACGAAGCGGCUUCAGUAUACAAGUGGAAGCCAUGACACUGAACGUGGCUCGCUUUUCUCCGGUGUCAAGAUGGCUGUCAUGGACUAUAAAGUCUGGCUCCUAGCGGUGAUAAUCAUAACCAAGACUAGUGCCGGUGCAGUGACAUCCUUCAUCCCCACGCUCGUCGCGACCUUCAACUAUAGCCGUGUUGAUACUCUCCUCCUCGUCGCUCCUCCUUACGUCUUCGCCACCAUCAUUGCUCUCGCAAUCUCCUAUUCAUCCGACAAACGCCACGAGCGUUGUUUCCACAUCGUAGUCCCCAUCUUCUUUGGCAUGGCAGGUUUCAUAAUAGCAGCCUCCACCACGAUUCUCGCAGCACGGUACCUCAGUUUAUUCCUGAUGUUAGGAGGUGUCUAUGGCUCCUAUAACGUAGCUCUCGCUUGGAUAUCCUCCACCCUCCCCAGGCCCGUGGAGAAGAGAGCAGCAGCAAUCGCCCUGGUCAACACUGUGGGGAAUAUAGCCCAAAUAUACUCUCCAUAUAUGUACCCCAAAAGCGACGGACCUAAGUAUUUGACAGCUAUGAUUUGCAAUGCGGCUUUUUGUCUGGCCUGUAUUGCUGUCACGCUCGGAUUACGUUGGUGUCUCAUGAAUGAAAAUGAUAAAUUGCAGAUGCUCGAGGUACAAAGCGCUGCGGACGCCGCGGAUUCCGAUGGUGUGAAAGCCACUCGAGAGGAGAUUGUUGAUGUCAAUGCUGCGGGCGGGCUCGUAGUCCUAAAUCCUGGAUUUAGGUAUGCGCUCUGA